GAUUUGGUUCAAGGUCUUGGUCGCCGCUGUGGACUUGCAAAGGAGCAAGUAUCUUCUGCGAUUUGCUGAUGGCGAGGAGGCGUGGAACUCUCUGCGGAAGAUUCCCUGGCGGAGCGCUCCGCUAGCUCCAGAUGAGGCUCCCGUUCCCGCGGUGCCCUGUGCUCCUUCGGAGCACCAGGACCCCACGGGCUUCGUCCACGCCUUCACCAUCGAGGAGGAGUUCCUCGCCUUCUGCGACGCCCUGCACGCGCACCGGCAGGAGGUAGGCGACAAGUCGAGAGGAGACGCGGAGCACGGCGAGCCCCUGUGCGGGGGCCUUAUCUCCGUCCUCGUGCGCCGGGAUGCUCUGCCGGAGCAGCAAAAGGACAUGUACAACCGGCUCCACCAGCGCUGCAUCGAAGAGGUCCCCAGGGCUUGGCCGGGGUGGAUCCAGAAAGCUGCGGGCAAGGCCGGCAAGGCGCGCCCAUCGCAAGACUUGCGGCUGCUGCAAUACUUCGAGGGCGCGCAGUUCAAAGCGCACGUGGACAGCGGCUGGGCCUGCCAG